AUGAAAGUUUACUAAACCCGCUCAGACAUUUUUGUCGGUUGCGUUUUUUCUCUUUCCUCCUCUCUCUCCACCGUCAUGGAGUCAAGGCUGCUGGACAUUGGUUUCUCCGCCGUCACUGCAAAAUCUUCGGGACCCAAUUCGUGUUGGGCCCCCAAAACCACUGCCGUAAAAUUCCCCCGUACUAAUUUCGGACUAAAUGAAUAUCGUCCCCUUCAAGCAUCUGCCUCCUCUCCAAUCAGAUAUUCAAAGAAGAAAAGGGUGGACGAAAGCGGUAGACUGAAAUUAGACAGUAUAAGACAUUCAUUAAUCCGACAAGAGGAUAGCAUAAUAUUCAGCCUGUUGGAGAGGGCCAAGUAUUGUUACAAUGAAGAUACAUAUGACCAUGAUGCAUUCUCCGCAGAAGGAUUCUCUGGGUCUUUGGUCGAGUACAUGGUCAGGGAAACUGAAAGACUCCAUGCCCGGCUCGGCAGAUACAAGAGCCCAGAUGAGCAUCCAUUCUUCCCAGCAUUUUUACCCGAGCCAAUGCUUCCACCUUUGCAGUAUCCUCAGGUUUUGCAUCCCUGUGCCAGUUCAAUUAACAUAAAUGACAAGGUCUGGAACAUGUAUUUUAGAGAUCUCCUUCCAAGGUUGGUCAGAGCAGGAGAUGAUGGUAACUAUGGAUCUACUGCUGUUUGCGAUUCAAUUUGCGUGCAGUCACUAUCCAAGAGAAUCCACUAUGGCAAAUUUGUAGCAGAGGCUAAGUUUCGAGAAUCUCCCGCUGUUUACGAGCCUGCAAUUAAAGCUCAGGACCGGGAUCAAUUGAUGAGGUUGGUGACAUAUGAAAAUGUGGAAACAGACGUUAAGAACAGAGUAGAGAUGAAAGCGAAACUGUUUGGCCAGGACAUAACGAUCAACAAAGAGGAAGAUGCACCUGACCCUGUAUACAGAAUCAAGCCGAGCAUAGUUGCCGAUCUAUAUGGGGUUUGGAUCAUGCCUCUUACUAAGGAUGUUCAAGUUGAAUACUUAUUGAGAAGGCUUGAUUGAUGGAAAAUGUUCUCUGCAUGUCAUUGGUGUUGCACAAGUAAUUUUCAGGAAUUUAUUUACCAAUAACAUUACAGGCUUAAAACAUGUUUGUGAUAGACGUAAAUAUUUUCCCUCUAGCUUUACAUCUCAUUUUUC